AAAAGAAAAAGAAAAGGGAAAGGGUGAGAAAUAGUUAGAGUAUGGGUAAGGCUGCGGUAACAACAACGAGAAGAGCAACAAUAGCAAAAGCAGCAAAAACAGCCACGCCACCACCGGAACCGGGACCGGAACCGGAACCGCCGGCCCAAUUAGUAGUAGAGAUGAAGCGCAAGAAGAAGAAAGGCCGACCCUCUCUUUUAGAUCUCCAAAAGCGUCAACAGCAGCAGCAACAACAACAACAAAAAACCCUAACCCCUCCCCCUGCCCCUCCUCCUCCCAAUCACAAUUCCACCCAUACCCGUCGAUCCACUCGCCGGAACCCCACCAAUUACAAUUCCCCCUCCUCCGAGUUCUUUAACAACGACGACGACGACGAUGACGACGAAAGGCAGCAGAAGAAAGUCAAGCUUGUUGUGCGUCUCCCCCAAUCCACCCAACAGCAUUUUCAUAAUUCUGCCUCCGCUGCUGAUUCCGGUGCUGACGACCCAGACGAUCACCAAGCCUCUCCCAGGAAACGUAUGAUCAAUGCCGUUGAUCGUAGAUCUAACGACGUCGUUUUCGAUCAGGGGGAAAAGGCUUUGAAAGCGACGGACACUGUUCAUGGGUCAUCUCUGGACAUUGGGCCCACCACACCUUUGCCAGAUAAAAAGAUGUUGGUGUUCGUCCUUGACAGACUUCAAAAGAAGGACACUUACGGAGCAUUCUCAGAGCCUGCGGAUCCAAAUGAGCUUCCUGAUUAUCAUGAAAUCAUUGAACAUCCAAUGGAUUUUUGGACUCUACGGAAGAAACUUGAUGCUGGAUCUUAUUCGAAUUUGGAAGAACUGGAGGCUGAUGUGUUGUUGUUAUGUUCAAAUGCAAUGCAGUACAAUGCACCUGAUACAAUUUACUUUCGGCAGGCUCGGUCCAUACGAGAGCUGGCGAAACGGGACUUUGAGAAUCUGAGGAAUGAAGGUGAUAAUGGUGAACCACAGCCCAAAGUCAUUCGAAGGGGACGACCCCCAAGCAAAAAUUUGAAAAAGCCUCUUGAGAGUUCACCUGUUGAUCGUGUUGGUCAUGAGCUCUCCUCAGGUGCAACUCUUGCUAGUGCGGAAGAUAAAGCAAUUGGAUCUAAUGGUUACAAUCUAAGAAAGGGACCUGCGUUUUAUAGGUUUCGUUCUAAUGAUGCAUUUGGCACUUCCUUUCGCUCACGCAAUGGUGAAAAUUAUUCUGACUGGUUGGUUGAUUGGAAUAGUGAAUUUCCAGCAUCUAUUCUAAGGGCAGACAUGAAGUACGGAAAGAAACAUUUCUCUGCAGUGGAUGAGAACAGGCGUGAUACCUACAAGCAAUUCCACCCUUCAACUUCCAGUAGCAAUGAAUCUUAUUUGUGGAAUUCUUUUGGAGAUAUGAAGCGGUUACUGCCGGUAGGUCUUCACUUGGAGCCACAAGCUUAUGCACGAAGCCUGGCAAGAUAUGCUGCAAAUCUUGGGCCUGUAGCAUGGAAUGUUGCCUCUAGAAAAUUGAAGACUGCUCUGCCUGAUGGACUGGCCUUUGGUCCUGGGUGGGUGGAAGAAAAUGACGCACCACAGCAGCUGUUGUCAGCUGAGAAGCUGAAACAAGCAAAUGGAUUGGUACAUGACCGUGAUCCAAGCAGACCAGUAACACCGUCUUCUUCUCGUUUAAGUACUGCUGUAGCACACAGGCCAUCUCCAGAAAUGGCUGAAGCUGUUAGGAGAUUGAAUUGUCAGAAUGAGCUAGCCGAACAGGCUGGUGGCUCUCCUUGGGCAACAGCGGGAGGUGGCUCUCCUUGGGCAACAGCGGGAGCCAUCUUCCAGGCUCAGCAUAAAUCACUGUUUCACCCCAACCGAAAUGGUUUCAGUAGCAUGUUUGGGUGUGACCCAUCCUCUCAAGUGGGAUUAGCAAGACAAACCAUACAAGCUGGACAGUCUGGGUUGGAAGGAUGCUCAAUAUCUGAUCAAAUGCUUGGCGUGUUAUCCACAGGGGAUGUUUCGUCCCUUCGUCCAGUAUACCAAGGGAAUUCAGAAGAAAUCAAAUUGUCAGAAAACCGGGGUACAUCUCAGCGUGGGAACCUAUUAGGCCAGGCCUCUGAUUCACAUGUACCAUCUGAAGUGGGAAUGACUGCCAGAUGUUUGCAGGCGCAACACAGACAACCCUUAGCAGUUCCCCCUGACCUUAACGUCCGAGUGCAGGCGUCAGCCUCGCCCAGUUCUAGUUUACAGAUUGGUUCACCGCAGCAGCCAGACCUGGCCUUACAGCUUUGACAAUAAGUUAAAAUAAUUUUUUUGAAGGUUGCAUCACCAUUUUGAUUUGGCUGAAUGCAGUGCUGGGCUUAUUGACAGCCGGAUAGGGCUUCAGGUCAUUAAGGUGAAAUAUAGAAGGAAAAAUUUGUACAGAUUAAUGUAAUUCAGCAUUCUAGGCCAAAGGUAGAUGAAUUCUAUUGUAAGAUUUGAAAAUGUGACUUAGUGAACUGAAGAACAUUUGUAGCUUAUUCAUGAAAGCACGAUUAACAAAAGCUCAUUUGACUUCCACUCAAACUGUCACGUCUUAA